AUGUGUCAGGUUCCUGUAAGGUGUCAGGAUGUCACUGUCAAUUUCUCCAUUGAGGAGUGGGAGUAUAUAGAAGGACACAAGGAUCUCUACAAGGAUGUCAUGAUGGAGAACCGGCCGCCCCUCACAUCACCGGAUCUCUUUCCAGUAAUUCCUAAUACAGAUCUGUCAUCGGAUCUUUCUACAUAUAGCAGGAGUUAUCCUGAUCAUGGCCAUUCUGUCACCUAUCAAGUGCCUAGCAGACCUGGGGAAAUGUUCCUCUGUUCUGGCUGCGGUGAAUGUUUUACAGGCAGAGAAGAACUCCUUUCUCACCAGAGAGGCCACACUGUCGAAAAGCCUUACUCAUGUCCAGAGUGCGGGAAAUGUUUUACACAAAACUUUUUUCUAAGGAGACAUCAAAAAAGCCACACUGGCGAUAAACCAUUCUGGUGUUCUGUGUGCGGGAAAUGUUUCAUGCAGAAAUCAGAUCUUACGAGACAUGAAAAACUUCACACGGGGGAAAAGCCGUUCUCCUGCGCCGAAUGUGGCAGGCUGUUUACCCAGAGAGCCCAUCUCAUCUCCCAUCAAAGGACUCACACAGAGGAGAAGCCCUAUUCUUGUUCUGAGUGUGGGAAAUGUUUCACGCAGCGAUCUCAUCUCACGUCACACCAGAGAACUCACACAGGAGAGAAGCCGUAUUCAUGUCCCAUAUGCUGGAAACGAUUUGGUUACAAAUCCAAUCUGGCUAAUCAUGAAAGGAUCCAUACAGGAGAGAAACCAUAUUCUUGUUCCACGUGCGGGAAAUGUUUUUCUCAGAGGGGAGCCCUAAUCACACAUCAAAAAACCCACACAUCAUUGUAA